AUGUUGACUGACUACGAUGAUGAUGAAGUUGAUAAUGAUGAAUGGAUUUUGUAUUUGCGUCAUGACCAUCAUCAGCUAAAGAUGCAGUUCAAUAAAGUUUUAUUGGUUUUAGCAUUUGUAUUCAUAGGGUGUUGCUGGGAAAGUGCAUUAACAGCCAGAUUGCAUCAGCAAGGCAGGUCAGCUUCUUUACGCAUAUUUCCUUUACGUCAAAGGAAAUUGUCAGCUCAUGGACGUUCCGCCACUUCGGGCUCCUUGUUUGAGGUGCCUGCGCCCGCCCAAGCGGAAGAGGGUAGAGGUUUAAUGAAAAAGUUUAUGCUGUUUAAAUCUUUGUUUUUACAAGAAAAAUCUGAACCCAAUAAUAAUAUUAUUAUAAUAACACAACCUGCCACUACUGCAACAGCAACAAACACUCCUACUACACCCACCACCGCAGGAACUACCGGUACAACGGCAACCACAACAGCGGCCGCUACACCUACAGGCACUAACACCGGCAGAGACUCUAAAACUGAAGAUGAAACCGAUGAUGAUUUGCCGAUUAAAACUCCCCAGCUAGAGGGUGCAAUUAAAGAAUUGGAUAAUUCCCAGGCGGAAGAAAUUUUCAAUAAAAGAAACAACUUGCAAAAUCAAAAGCCACAAAAACGACGUAUACGUCUGAGUAAACGUAAUCAGCAGCGUAGACGCUUAACACCACAGCAGCAGCAACAAAAACAAAAUACGAUUAAUAGAGAAAAUCUGCUAACUAAUAUGAAUUUAACUAAGAGGCCUAAUCAGCAUGCCAAAAACAAUAGCAACAAAAACCACAUGCAGGAGAAUAAUAAUGAUAACAAUACCAACAACAGCAACAACAAUAAUGAUAAUAACACCUCUGGCAUCUUAAAUCUUAAUACGAAUAUUCGUUUACAGAAUAUAAUGAAUGCCUUCCGGAAACAAACACCAAUCAUGUAUAAUUACUAA